AUGCCUAGCAUUGGAGACCUGGAUCAAGACUUCGAAGCCAUCUCACUGAUCACGUCUUGGCUCGCGGAUUCGUACCGAGAGGGACAAUACGUCAACGCUGUCCUGUUCCUUUAUUCAAUCACAGACGACACAUUCGCAUACCAAUCACGACGGGCCCUCGGAAUACUGAAAAGGCUAUGUGGCGAGAGCUGUCUCAGAGAUGUGGUUCUCAUCCCACCAAAGUGGGACCAAUCCGCGGAUGAAAAGCAGGACGUUGCCAGUGACAGAGCUCCGUGGGAAGUGGAUAUUGACCGCAAUGACAUGCUCAUGGCUGGUGUUAGGAUAAAGCGGUGUCCAAGCAGCAAGGAGUCCGCACUCGCUAUCAUUAGUUCCUGCAUCGAGACCUCUCGGGUCGUCAGGUUCCAAAUCCAGCGUGAGGUGGUAGAUCAGGGCUGUGAGCUGGCAACUACCACAGUCGGCAACCAGUUGAGGGUGGACUUGGUCCGAAGACAAGAUGAACUUAGGCAAGAACGGCUUGCACUGAUAGCUAAAGGACCUCCGGAGGGCACGGCCACGAUGGGCGCGGAACGUGAAGAGACGAAAGCCAUCGAUCGUCGCCUCGAAGAGAAUACCAGGUUGACUAGACGCAUUAAAAAGGCAGUGAGCUCAUUGCACACACAAGAACGUGGACUCGAACCAAGGGUACUGGGCUCAAGCCAACCAAGACCACCUGUAUCACGAUUACCCCCUAUGCUUGGGAACUUCCAGUCGUUGACAUUGGCAAAAGACACACCCUCUAGGGAACAGAGUCUGCACCGAGCUCGCGAUCCCCUGAGCGAAGCUGUCGCAACAGGCAGUCUAAGCUUCCUGCAGAUGAUACUAGAGCGGGACUUCGCAACAAUUGCCAUAGGGUCAUGGGAAUGGCUGACUGAGCUGGAACAGCUGGGCUACACCAAGAGUGAGGUCGCCGAACUGCUCCUGGAGCAGAGAAAUGACCAGCUCUCGAUUGUCUUCGCUCCAUGGAUAUUGGAAGAUCGUUCUCCUAGAAUCAAAUUUCAUGUAACCGGCUGUGUGCAUGACGGAGGCUGCCAUUCACCCGCGAUUCCACUCGAAGUCAACCCUUGUCCUGCGGAUGCUGCCCGAAACUUGCGACGUGAGACUGCCUCGCUUUGUGGUCUCGGUGGUGUAAUUCCUUCAUCCCAGGAGAAGGAUUGGUGGAAAACACUCGCUAAGUUCCCAGAUUCCUCAACCGCUGUAAUUCACUACCAGAGCCUUGCAACGGACGUUUCGGUCUUGACUCGAUACCUGGCUACUGCUAUGCGCCGGGUCUGUACUGCACUGAACAUCGUCCAAGACGCCAAGGCAUGUUGCAACAGGUUCACGGUGCUCGUUCAAAAGCCCCGCUCAGAAGUCAUCACCAUGCGUACAAUCAAUUUCAGCGACGCUGUGUGGUUCUCCCAUGUUCUGGCGGAGAUCAACAGAGGCCUCUAUGCUGCUUCUUUGACUCGAUGCCAAAGCACCGCCCGGGCGAUACUGGAUGAUCUUGGCAUGCCGGUUACGAAUUCAGGAGGGCCUAGUGUAUUCGAUGUACUACAUGACUGUGCGCUCGCCGUGCAGUUCUUGUCGCUUGGCCUCGUUUCGUAUCUCCAAGCUCAUAUCGGCAAGCUCGAGUCUUUCUUCUUGGAAGCGAAGCUCGCAAACAUCAAGCUUCUGGGCUCAACAUCAUACGGUUCCUCGAAAGGCUCUAUAAGUGCGGCACUCCGGCGAUUUACAUGUCUAGACGACAUGACAAGUUUUCCAGUCUUGAUAUUCACUCGAACUAGCACAACACUCGCAGAUAGCUCACCACAGUUGGACUUGCUCGCAAAACCAGAAGACCUUCUUGACACCUGGGGUCCCGGGGAAAUGAUCCGAGAACCAGAAGACGGCGAGACUCGUUUCCGGGCACUGACAGUACGAGGUGGUAUAAUUCAUCCUUCAUCCGGAACAACCUUCCACUGGAGGAGGCUUGAGAGCCAUGCGAGCGCGAUUGACGAAGAAUCGUUCGCCAUGAAUUAG